AUGAGCGAGUAUCGUCCACGCUCCCCAGACCUUUCUUCUCUUCCUCCCUCCCACCCCACUCGCUACGCGCCUUUGAGCCCUCUUGCUCAUCGCGCCUCCUACGACGCCUCACCUUUCUUUCAUCCCGCCCAACCAGGUCGCGUCGAACAGUACGUGCCGCCAGACAAUAUGGCUCGCCGUUCCUCUCGCUUGCAAGAUGAUGCGCCCCUCCCCGCUCUCAGGUGCAAUGCCAGACACAAUGUCGGAUACAAUGUCAGACACAAGGCCAGAAAUGCCCGUGAUGCCCGCAGUGUCCACGAUGCCCGCGAUGCGCGUCCCGGCGCGGGGAUCGAGGUCAAGACCAAGUUCCCAGUCGCGCGCAUCAAGCGCAUUAUGCAGGCUGAUGAGGAUGUCGGCAAGGUCGCUCAAGUCACGCCGAUCGCAGUUUCCAAAGCACUAGAGCUCUUCAUGAUCUCGCUCGUCACAAAAGCCGCUCAUGAAGCCAAAGAACGUAAUUCGAAGCGCGUCACGGCGUCUCAUUUGAAGCACGCGGUGGCCAAGGACGAGGUGCUGGACUUUUUGGCCGACAUCAUCGCCAAGGUGCCCGAUCAACCUGCCGGUCGGAAACACGAAGAUGACGGCAGUGAUCAAAACGAAGGGCGUCGGAAGCGUGGUGGUCGGCGACCCAAAGAGGAGAGCGACUAG